AGCUAGCGCACGUGCCAUGCACCGUCCGUAUCGUGUCACCGGCUUAACAAUCCAGCCAAUCGGAAACGCAAGAUCUUCUGUUGACGGUCGUGCGGUCCAUUGUGUCAAGGCUAGGCGGGGCUAAAAUGCAAGGUCAACUUCUCUGCCGCACGUUGUAUCCGGAUAAACAGAACAAGAGUAGAAAUCGUUCGUCACGGAAGGGGUCUGCGGUUUACGAUGGGGUGAGAUUGUUGAAAAUACAGGCACGUGCUUUACGACUGGCAGUUACUCAUCUAUAUUAGUGGAGGAAAGUACACCAGAAUGUUUACAUAUGUAAAACGUCACCAGGUGGACCGCAAUUUGUGAGAUUUUUAUAGGCUCAUCACUCUCCCUGCACAGGCUUUUCAAGUAAGACAUCAGUCAGGACUUCGAGGUGACCAGUGUUGAGUCGUGAGGCCUUCUUGCAUUCAGGCCAUUUCAACACUCAGACGGACAUUGGCACUUGGACGAUGGCAGGAUCGGAUGACUCCCUCUCGUCGGCUGCCUCAUCAGGUUCGGACGGCGAGCACCCAACGUCGGCCCCCUCUUCUGCAUCCUCCACUGCUCGGGCCAGCCUCAAGAAGACGAGCAGGAAGCGGGAGGCUGGCCCUUCUGCUGCCUCCACCAUCAGACACCGGCACCGGCAUAAUCUGAGCCAUCGGUUUGAAUUUGUCCGAACGCUAGGUAGCGGCACCUACGGAAAAGUCAAGUUGGCUUUGCAGCUUGAUACGAGGGAAGAGGUUGCCAUCAAAUGCAUCCCCAAGAGUAAGAUCGACAAUGCAGCUGACCUGAGGCGAUUACGCCAAGAGAUUGAGGUGAUGUCAUCGCUGCAUCACCCGCACAUCAUCAGGGUGACAGAAGUAUUCGAGAGCAGAGAUAAGAUUGUCAUGGUGAUGGAGUAUGCCCCUGGCGGUGAACUGUACGAUUACAUCAAUGGCGGCAAAGCGACGCCAGCAGAGGCCAAGAGGUUGUUCAGGCAGAUCGCCUUGGCUGUUCAGCACCUUCAUAAGAAUAACGUCGUACAUCGAGAUUUGAAGCUAGAAAAUGUUUUGUUGGAUUCUGACUUGACCGUCAAGAUUGCCGACUUUGGCCUUUCCAGCACCUUUGAUCGCAGCCGUCUUUUGGACACGUUCUGCGGUAGCCCGCUUUAUGCUUCGCCAGAGAUCAUCAACGGUACUCCCUACCAUGGACCGGAGGUGGAUUGUUGGAGCCUGGGCGUGAUCCUGUACGCCAUGGUAUAUCGGACCAUGCCGUUCCACGGAGCGGAUUUUGCACAGCUAAAGGCCCAAAUCACAGGGGGAGAUUUCUACGAACCACCCAGCCUAUCAGAAGCAUCUGGUUUGAUCCAUCGCAUGCUGACAGUCGAUCCAAGGAAAAGAAGCACGAUAGACGGAAUCUUGAGCCACCCCUGGCUGAGGGACGGGCCCCGCCCCUGUUUGAAAGUCCCGGAAAUCCGCCGCCAUCAGCAGCCAGCAGUCCUGGACGGUGACACGGCCAGCCCCGGUCACAAAAACGCCAAGAAGCCACUCACAAGCAUCUUGAAGAAGUCGCUGCGGAGGUCUUCGCACAGGCUCGGGUCGAGUGAUAGUGGGCUGGGGUCCUCUUCAGGGAAGGAACUGGACAGAGACCAGAAACGUGAAGAUGUUCAAGUGAGGUCAGCAAAGGAGGAAGCAGUAGUGAGGCCAAGGACAAAGAAGGGCAUCUUGAAGAAGCAGGGAAAAGACAACGGAGGCGACAGUGGAUUGGAGAUCAAUGAAUCUGGACAAAGUAAGAGUGGUGCCAGCAUAGAAUCCGGUAUGGAACGAGAGAGAAAGGCGGGGAAGGAGAAAAACAAGAGAGAUUCAGGCAUCGACCAAGACCUCACAAGCUGCUGCUUGCUCAGCGAGAAGCCUAGCCAGCAAGAGGAGUCAUCUUGCCGACUCCGAGUGCCGGACAGGCUGAACUAUGUCUGUAAGAUCACCCGGCGGCACUCGCGGGGUAAGUACUCACGCGUCGCCAAGAUGUGGGAGUCUAUUUACACCACAGCAGUGGCCGGCGGCCCGGACGCCAAGGCUCUGCCCGAAGUGGCAAAUGUUGCAACUCUGGAACACGACAACUCAAGUUCCAGCAACGAAGACAUCCUGGAUAUCCUGGACUCGCCCAGCCUGCGCACGCCCACCGUAACCAAGAAAUUCCAGUAUUCAGUGGAAGAGGUGAAAUCGUUGACCAUGACGGAUGGGGACAGGUCCUCAUCCACAGCCGAGCAGGAGGGUGAGGAACUAUAUACCAGGGAUGAGCUUGUGGGUGCAAUGGAUGCAGAAUUAUUGGAAGUCUACCAAAAAGCCCUCAGAAUCUCUCAAGCUGCAGUAUGAUUUGUUCUGAUUUGUCUUUUUUUUCCAGUUAAUAAAGCAAUAUACACAAAUCAGGGUUCCAACUGAUCUUCAGUAAGUGUAGAAAAUGAAGUGAACUAUCUCAUUCGGGAAUCUUUGUAUAUUACAAAUAACUAUCAGAGCGAACGAAGUUAAAUAAAUUGGAGGAAUAAGAUAAGUCCUCCUUUCAGCAUUCGGGGAAGUUCAAAGGAUAAAUUUGAAAUAAUUUAGGGGCAUUUUGAUCAUCAAGUUCAGUUGGAACCCAAAAAAUCUGUCGUAGUUUUUAACUGUUUGAUUCCAGACAAAAACAAAACCUCACUUUAAACAGAGUCAAAUUUUUGUAAUCGGAUUUACACUUAGAACUAAUGAUGCCUUCCCUAACAUAUAUCCAAGAAGAUCAAAUUCGAGAAUUGGUAGAAUCCUGCUAAAAUAUCCCUGCUGAAACACAUACAAAUUAAAUACGACAACAGAAAUAAGAAAUUCUGAGAAGCACACAGAUGUUUAGGAACAUCGCGUGCCAUCCUUAGUCCCUUUAAUUGGAGAAGCAGAUAUCUACAUUCCAAUGGAUCAGCUGUCUUCUCAUUACAGCGUGACGUUCCAAUCACCUCCCCCCCCCAGCUUCUAGAAAGCUCAGUGCAAAAAUUCCCUAGGCAUCUGGUGCGUAAAUAAACCAUGUGCCUUUCCCAGAUGGAAUGGGCCAAGAUUUGAUCCGAGGUUGUGUACAUGACAUCUUCAUCCUUAGUGAAUAUAUUACACCAGAGCCCUGUACGUGCGCAAGUGCUACAUUAUUUUUAGCGUAUUGCUGCGAAAUGCAGUUUUCUAUUUUUGAUGCGCUCUGUGUUGGGGGUGAACGAGAAGUAAAAUUAAAUGGCAAUACUUCCUGAUUUCUUUGACAUCUAGUUCCUCGUUGUUGAGUAAUCUGGAAAGGGAAGGAAAAAAACCAAAGAGCUCAAUUCAGUAUUUGUUGAUCAGAUCUGGGUUGCGUUUAGUAGUAAACAGGGCAUAUGUAGCUGUACUUUUGAAAUGGUAUUGACUGUCAUGUGUACUGAACAUGUGGAAAGCAACGAUAUGAAACGAGCAAAUUAUCUGGAGUAGGAUUCGAACCCGCGAGACCCACAAGAUCUUACCCGUAGCUGUACUUUUGAAAUGGUAUUGACUGUCAUGUGUACUGAACAUGUGGAAAUCAACAAUAUGAAACGAGCAAAUUAUCUGGAGUAGGAUUCAAAACCACAAGACCCACAAGAUCUUACCCGUACAGUGUUGUGGAGGUCUGAGUUCUUAUUUGGGUAUUUCAGUUUCUUAGCUCUGUAAGAAUGUCUGUGUGGAAUGUCUGCCUUGAUUGCAUGUACAUGUACUCUUUUAUUUGUAUUGAAAGACUACAUGUGUGGCCUGUAGAAUAAUCUUCCAUAUGUGGGCAGUAAUUUUACUAGUGGGUGGAGGGGGCACAAGGGGGCAGCAGCAUCUUAGGGGGACUUCCAGCAUCUUAUGGGGGCAGCAGCAUCUUAUGGGGACUUCCAGCGGUGUGCUUUUUUGGGGGGCAAGCUUUGGUUAGCCGUAUUCAAUAUCCAUUCAUCUGGUGUUUUUUUUGGGGGAUUGGGAAUUUGUGGGGGGGGGGGAGUGCAAGUGCCGCAGGCCCCCUGUGGCUGCCCCACUGUAUGUGGGUCAUAUACUGCUGUACAGUUGGGAAAAGUUUGUACCGUGCAAGAAUGACAGGUUUUUCUUUGGGAUAUUUGUCACUUGUCAUUCCCCAGUUGAGGUUUACAUGAGAGUUUUGAAGAAAGAAUUCAAAGUAACUAAAAAAAUUUUUUAGUGAGAAAUGCAUGUAUAAAAUGAACUAAACAAGACGUCACUUUUUAAAAAGUGGGAUUAAAAGUGUUUAAUGUCUCUUUAUAAUUCAAGAGCAAUAAUGACUCGUACCCAGCACAACUCUGGCAAAUUAUCAGAUUUGUCAAAAACUAUUGUGCAAGUUUUUAUGUAGUGUGACUUUUUCUGAACACUCCAGGCAUAGAUCAUCACACCUAAUUGAAAUGGGACGUAUGGCCAGAAAAGUGUGUAACUGUUGUAAAACCAUGUCUUUAUGUAUUUUAAUUUGUUUGUAUUUAUUUAUGUGAGAGUGCUUGACUUGGAAAACUUAUUCUAAAGUAUUGGUUGAAUUCUUUUUUAUAAUGUUUACAAUAAGUGAUUAUUUUGUAACAAUUUGAGGGAGAACAGGAUAUUUUUCAGACCUUCACGUCCUUGAAAUAUUUGUAACCUUUUUACUUAAAGUCGAAAUUUGGAGGAUCAUCCGUUUAAGAAAAUUUCAUUCUGCUAUCUAAAUUUGCUAAUAAUUUACAAAUGAAUACUUUGAUAUUUGUGACAUGUUCUUCAUGUCACUGGCAUUAGUCUUUCUGCAAGAGUAAAAAACCCAUAACCUUUUUUUUCUUCCAUAGAGUUUAAGAAUAUGUUAGACAGGGUACGGUUGGUGACAAAAUGACUUCAUUGUUGGCAUGUUUUGUUUUAUUCUUUUAGUGUAGGUUCAGUAUGAGUGCAAGUAACACAUUUAAAGAACAGGAAUAUUUAUGGCUCUGCCCUACUUUGGAAGGAAUCUGAAUCAACUUUCCUUCUCUUUAGUAAUGCCCUGCCAAUGUAAUUAGUGAUGCUUUGAUUGAUGGAAGCAUUUUUGGAAAAAAAGUCACCAUUAAAAUGAGCUGUGACACUGGUUGCCUCUUUCUGAACCAAUGUUAGAGGGAUGGAUUUCGACUCAAACUUUGCAAAACUCAAAGUUGUUAUUUGGCAGCCAUGAUAGAUUGCUCAAUUGGUUGAUUAUGACAGCAUGUUAUAUCUGUAAACAUUCGACAUGUACUUUUUAUUUUUUAAUGUAUACUUUAUUUUCUUGCCGUCUGUAAAGAAAGUUCUGUUAAAUGUGAAUUGAUUGACUUUUGUAAUUUAUUAAAGGUAAAUUUUUAACUCAAAUGUACAUGUGCAUGCUAAUUUGCAUUCCUGUUUUACCAAAAGCCAUAUCAUUUGAGUUGAACAAAACAAAUGAAAAAACUUUCUUUUAUCAACUCGAGUGCCAAUUAUAUACCCCUCCUUUAAUCCUUCAGCCAAAAAUAAUUGUUCCGUCCAAUUAUGACAUCCUAAAGUUAUGUAAAUUCAGGAAGAGUUCAUAUACGGACGCCAGUAAUUGUUACCUACAGUGACCUAUUAGCCGUCAGAAAGCAAACAUGUCCAGAAAAGUUCAAUUUAGGAAGGAAAAACCAAGCCGUUUUAAUACUUUGAAAACACUUGGAAUUUUUCAGAGCAGUCCCAUAGGGUUUGUGCACAGUGUCACAAGUGGUGUUUGUAUAUGGAACUCUUUCCGUAAAUUACAUUUAAUGCAAAAGCCCAAAACACAAGAAUUGGAAAAUUUAGGUGAGAAUUUGACAGCAAUUCAUACUGGUUUUAUAAAUUCCAAUAAAACACCUUAUCAAAAAGUAA